AUGGGAAUGAAUGAAAAAAGAAGGAGAAGGACCAAAAUAAGAAGGAUAGCAAUGAAUGGAAAAAGAAAAAAGAAUUCCAUAACGAAUGACAAAUUAUUGACUCCGAGUUUUGGUUUUUUGUCAAAAUCAAAAAUAGAUGCAUAUAAGAAGAAUCCGUGGAUCUUACCCCUAAAUUUCUUGUUUAUGACGUUUUAUAGUCAGAAGAACAUUACUGAUGAACUGGAAUUACGGUUAGAAAAGAAAGAAUACGCGAUUCACAGCAAUCUAAAAUCAUAUCUCGAAAGGUAUUAUAAGUCCAAGCAUCGUUAUAAUGCAAAUAGCCCUAAAUACAGGAAGGAUAUGGCUGCAGAACAUAAUUUCUUAAUAAAUAGAUAUGUGGGUUAUUAUUUAUGCUGUGCGGAUCUUACGUACUACGACAAAAACUACGCGAAGAUUGUCAGCGUAAUAACUCUCCUGAAGAAAACGAAACAAGCAAAACAAAUUUUGUUGUCUACUAUAAGGAGGGGAGAACUAGAUCUGGAAACUUUUGUGCGUAUGGUGAGUGAUGAUCCUUGUUUUUUUUACAGCAGGGAUAUUGAGGAAGUGCAGGAAAACCUAGUUUUUUGUUUAGAACCCAUUCGUUGUUCUUACAAAAAAAACUACGAACAAUCAUUUCUAUAUCAAACCAUAAGCGUAUCAUUGAAGCAUAAACGCCAAAUUAUAAAUAAAGAUAAAAAUCAUUAUGAUUUACUUGUUCCUGAAAAUAUUUUCUCCCCUAGACGCCGUAGAGAAUUGCAAAUUCUAACUUGUUUGAACCAUAGGAAGAAUCGGAAGACGAUGGAUAGAAACACAAUAACUGAUAAAGAAAAAAUGAAUUCUUCUGAAGUUUUGACUAAAAAGAAAGAUCUUGAUAGCGAUACAAAAAAACUAAGGAAUUUAAAAUUCUUUCUUUGGCCAAAUUAUCGAUUCGAAGAUUUAGCUUGUAUGAACCGCUAUUGGUUUGAUACACAUAAUGGAAGUCGUUUCAGUAUAUUGAGAAUACGUAUGUAUCCUCGCCUCGAUUGA